AGGUACGAUAAACGUCGAUGGCCCAAUUGGUAUCUCCCGAGGAACGAUAAGUUGCUCCUAGUCAGCUGUACGAGCGAAAGUAACCUAAAAUUCGAUCUUAACCCGCAAAUAAUGGCAUCCAAUGCACUUAAACCAAACUCCCUCCGAAGCCUCGUGAAACGUGGGUAUGCUGCCCAGGCAGCAGCCCAGCAGUCCACCUUUGCUCUACCUGUUCAAGAUCCUAAAGUAACAACCCUACCCAGUGGAGCAGUUGUGGCAUCGCUUGAGACAAAUGCACCUGUGUCCCACGUGGCUGUUCUCUUCAAGGCUGGUUCCCGUUAUGAGACUACUGCUAGCAUUGGAGCAUCCCACAUCUUACGUGCAUCUGUAGGCCUUGGGACAAAGAACACCUCGUCAUUUGCAAUUACUCGUACUAUUCAGCAGGCUGGUGGUUCUAUUUCUAGUGAAUCUGGGCGAGAACAUAUUCUCUAUGGCCUAGACAUCAUUCGGGAUAACGUUGGCACAGGACUUGAAAUUCUUGGUGAUGUAAGUACUCAGCAUGGAUUCAAGCCUUGGGAGUUAGAUGGCAAUCUUGGCAGGGUUAAGGAUGAACUGGCUGCUCUGGACCCCUCUACCAUUGCCAUUGAGCUACUCCAUAAAGCAGCAUUCCGUAACUCUGGUCUUGGAAACUCCAUAUUCAUCCCAAAGCAUCGUCUUGGAAAGUUGACUUCAGAAACGAUGGCAGGAUUUGUAGCUUCCACCCAUACAUCAAACAGAAUGGCAGUUGUUGGUCUUGGUAUUGAACACGAUGCUUUGGUAUCAUUUGCUAAAGGCCUUGGUGUUGGCUCUGGCGCCGGUGCUUCAAGCUCUUCUGUAUUUGGUGGUGGAGAAAUCAGACAUGAAACUGGAGCUCCAGUGACUGUGGUGGCAGUUGCAGGUCAAGGUGCCAGCCAGGGAAGUAGUGAUGCUGCAGCUCUAGCAAUUGCUCAGCAAAUUCUUGGAACUGGGGCUCACAUCAAGAGGGGCAGUAAUGCAUCCAGUGCCCUUGCUAAAGUUGUAGCAGCCUCAGGAGGGCUAGGUGCUGCAUCUGCCCUUAACAUUAGUUACACCGAUACUGGCCUCUUUGGUUAUUUUGUAAUUGCUGACUCAGGCAGUGUUGGUCAGGUUGUUGGAAGUGUACAUGAUGCUGUGAAGAACUUGAAUAUUAGUGAUGCUGAUGUAGCAAGAGCUAAGAACCAAGUGAAGGCUGCAAUUCACAUGGCAACUGAAGGUUCAAGUGAUGCCCUUGAAGAUAUGGGUUUACAGGCACUCCUUACUGGAAAGUAUUUGGAUCCCACAGCUGCGGCUGCUGCUGUUGAUGGUGUAACCGCUGGUGCUGUUCGAUCUGCAUUAAACAAGGUUAUGGAAGGCAAGUUGAGUAUGAGCUCUGUUGGAGAUGUUAGUGGUGUCCCAUUCUUGGAUCAGCUGUAAUUCAUUCAUUCAUGGUGCACAAUAGCCUGUCGAUUUCAUAAAAGGGAAUAGCAAUUUAGCCACUGCCUUAGGAAAGUUUGUAAUAUUUUUUAAUAUUUUGUUGGACCAGUUUAAUUUUAAGCAAUGAUUAUGGUACUGUUUUUAAAGUGACUAUAUAAAAGUCAACUUUCAAAAAUAGUAUUAUAAUCACUGACAUUCUUUCUGCUUCGAAAGUGUGUUUUGAUGCAAAGAAGAAUUUUCAAAAUUGAAUAAAAAUUUUUAGUGAUUUACAAAAAUUUCCUUAGUUUUUAUUGAUACAUAAUUUUUUUGCGAAGCAACUUCCAGCAGUGUCAUAGAAAUCUAACUUGCAUUGUGAUUGUAAUUUCUUGUUAUUCUGUGACAGUACUGAAGCUGUCUGUAAAUAACCCAUCAGUGACUCCAGACAUGUCCUGUUGUAGAUAGUUUGUAAGUUAUACAUGUAAAGGUACCAAAAUCCAGAGGAUUAAAUUAUAUUUAAACUUG